AUGCAUCUCUUAAGAAGAGACUAUAUAUUCUUCUAUAAUGAAGGGAUCGUGUGCUAUAAAGCAACUCCCGUAUCCCCCAAAAAGGUGGUUAAACGUAGUAUAAAUUUUAAAAAUGAAAAAACAAAUGUUUCACCAAAAAUCGAAAAAUAUAAGACAAAUAAUAUAAGCGAUCCUCAAAUUACUCUAGUUCCUCCUAAACCACUAAAUCUAUUCGAAUCUUUGCAAGAGGAAAAGGAAGAGGUACCUGAAGAAAAAAAAGUGAACUCAAAGCCUAAAAUAAGACCUCAGAUUGUAUUGAAUACUCUGUACUCGCUGGUAUACCCUUUUACGGAGACCGGUAACACUUACGUAUUUCCCAAAAAAGAGGAAGCAGAAAUAAAACAUGAAAAUAAAAAGGAUGAUAAACAGGCUUCUAACAAAACAGUUAAACCUUCGUACAAAUUUCGGAGUGACGUAAACUGUUACAAGUGCUCGGAUCUAAACCGGCUCGACAAGGAAGAUUAUAUAUACACAUGUCCUGAGACAAUAAGUCCUCACAGAACAACAGACCUACUUGUAAACAAACAUGUUAUAAGGAAAAAACGUUUUAUUGAUGACCAUUAUGACUUGGAUCAACAGCACACUAGUAAGGCUGAGGUCGACCGAGGAAUCCCACUAACCUAUAAGAUUGUUAGGGAAAAGACCUUUAUUGAUGACACAGUUCAAAGGAAACGCAGUUAUGAUAGAGCAAACGUGUUGGACGAUUACGAAUUAACUGGUUAUGAGGAUGAAAUUGUAGAGCUCGAGCCCGAACCUUAUAAUCGCGACAUUGUAAUAAAAACAAGAUUAGACAGGAUAAAAUCUGAAAACAAUCCAACCAUAGUUUCAAUAAUUAAAUCACUAGAUAACGAUCCCGUGUUUAUCGACAGGCUGGCUAACUAUCAAAAGGAUGAUAUAGAGAGGAUUUUAUCGAAUGAGGAAAUAUCUCAAGUGAUCGAAUCGCCAAAUGUGUUAUCGUCGCCGGAAUCGUUCAGCAGACAAUUAUCUAAGUUCCCAUCAGUAAAGACAGUUUCAGGUGAUUCAAAAACACUUGAAAACGAAGCAGUAUCGCAGCAUUCAACAGUCGCUUUUGAUGAUCCCCUUGAGCAAAAAUCAUCCCAAAAUUCUAAUGUGCCAACAACAAAAUCAGACGACGGUGCAUCAUUAGUGGCCAAAGAUAGUACACAACCACCAUCAAGCGAUGUUAAAAGUGGUGAUCGUUCAGAUCAUAAAGUCCCAUUUUAUCCUAUGCCAUUUGCCAUUAGACCUAUUUUGUUCCCAAGGAAAAAACAACCCUUACCUCUGAAAUUAAGAAUAAAGGAACCCAUAAACACUUCAGCUGUGAAAAGUGAAGAGACAGCAGGGGAUCCUAUCAAAGCUUCUGAUGAAUCACCAACAGACUCUGGGCCGAAUGAUACCAUAGCAUCAGAUGAAAACCUUACCACUUCCAAUGUCGCUUCUGAAAGUCCAGAAAUAACUGAUUACCAAACCAGUGAACCUUCGUCGAAAGAACAAGAUGCCAUCGAUACAAGGAAAGAAGACGAGGUGAAUGAAAGCGUUGAAGAACCAAUCGAGGUAGAACCGGUCAAACCAGUUAAAAAACUGAUACCGAUUAAAAAACCAAUUGUAAUAGAACCUGUUGAAUUACCAAUUGAAGCAGAACCGGCUGAACCAAUCGAACCACCUGAGUCUGUUGAAGAACAAACCGAUACAAAACCGGUUGAAGAAGUUGAAGCAGAACCAACAGAACCAGUUGAAGAAGUAAAACCCGUAGAACCAACAGAACCAGUUGAAGAAGUAAAACCCGUAGAACCAACAGAACCAGUUGAAGAAGUAAAACCUACAGAGAUAAAACCAGUAGAACAAGUUGAAGAAGUGAAACCUGUUGAAGAAGCCAAAAAUGAAACGGCGAUUGUACCUAAGGCACCAGGUGAAGUUUAUAUCAAUGCUAAGAACAAAGAGGUGAUUCGGCCAUUAAAGAACACCAAAAACAACGUUCUGAUAAAGGGAUUCGAAGCGACAGUGUUCGCAGUCAACUCCAACAAAACCGCAACGUCGGCGUUGUGUACCGUCAUGUUCAACUACAAUAAUGACCUGCUGAUCAUCAAGUCUCAAAACGAUGUUUUUGAAAUCAAAGCGACGGAUCUAACAUCUGAAGAAAUACCGACAUCACCAGGAUCACCAAUACUUCUCAAAAUAUGUUUAAAUAAUAGGGCCUCGUCGGCAAUUGUCCUUCAAACGUACGCCAGAAAAAACCUCGAAAUACUAGCUGGAACCAUAGGAUGGGUAAAAAACAGUAAGUCAACUAAGAUUCAUUGUAUUCAAAGUCACCAGACACUAUAUUACGAUAUUUCAGGAGAUAAGGAGGAGUUCGGAGACAAGGCACCAAGGAUGAACGUGAGGAGAAGCCUCUUUGCUGGUCUAAAGGGCAACAAAAGGAAGGAAAGACUUAGCAACGGCAACGGUGUGAACGAUAAUAGUGCACAGGGCACCGGCAAAACAGAAAACACAUGGCUUUACAAAGAGGAAGAAAAGGAGCGAUCAAAAAAACUGUUUAACAGGAUGAAACGAAGACAGAAGGAUCGUGAUGUGGCUAAAUAUUACUAA